UGUGCGCGCCGUGGCGCCGCCUCCGCCCGCCCCCAGCUCGGUCCCGCUCGCUCGCCGCGGCCGGGCGGCCCUUUCGCGUGUCCGCGCUGCCUCCCCUCCUCCUCCUCCUCCAUUUUGCGAGCUCGAGUCUGUGACUGGAGCCCGAGUCACCGCCCGCCCGUCGGGGACGGAUCCUAGAGGGUGGAAAGAGACGCCGCCGCCGGAGCGGCCGGAGCGGCGGGGCGCCAGCCCGGAGGACGCGCACCUAGGAGCCCUGGCCCGCGGAGACGGGCGCGGGGCUGGGGGCUGGCUUGUCAGCCGGGAAAUGGGAGUCUUUUUUAAAUAGGGGCUCUCCCUUCCCCCCGUGGAGAAGGGGGCGGCUGUUUACUUCCUUUUUUUAGAAGAAAAAAAUCUCUCCCUCCCGCUCCUCCUGCUUUCACACGCUAAGUUGUUUAUCUCAGCUGCGGUGGGCGCUGCGGACGGUGGAGGGCGAGCGGCGCCGCUGGCAGAGCUAAUAUUCCCUGAUGGACCCCAAGGAACCUUUAAGCACCCCCAGUAGAGAAGAGAUCCCCAGCAGUGUGCUUGUUCGGGAGAGGGGAAAUGUGGUGGACUUCUAUAAAACCCUAAGGGGAGGAGCUACUGCGAAGGCUUCUGCAUCUUCACCCUCACUGGCUGCCGCUUCACAGUCAGACUCCAAGCAGCAGAGACUUUUGGUUGAUUUUCCAAAAGGCUCAGGAAGCAACGCGCAGCAGCCAGAUCUGUCCAAGGCAGUUUCACUCUCAAUGGGACUGUAUAUGGGAGAGACAGAAACAAAAGUGAUGGGAAAUGACCUGGGAUUCCCACCGCAGGGCCAAACCAGCCUUUCCUCUGGAGAGACAGACUUUCGGCUUCUGGAAGAAAGCAUCGCGAACCUCAAUAAGUCGACCAGUGUUCCAGAGAACCCCAAGAACUCGGCACCUGCUGCUGCUGUGUCUGCUGCCCCCACAGAGAGGGAAUUUCAAAAGACUCACUCUGACGUGUCUUCAGAACAGCAUCAUUCGAAGGGCCAGACUGGCACCAACGGGGGUAAUGUGAAGUUGUAUGCCACAGACCAAAGCACCUUUGAUGUUUGGAGGAAAAAACUCCAGGAUUUGGAGUUUCCUUCUGGGUCCCCAGGUAAAGAAACAAGUGAGAGUCCUUGGAGCUCAGACCUCUUGAUAGAUGAAAACUGUUUGCUUUCUCCUUUGGCAGGAGAGGAUGACCCAUUCCUUUUGGAAGGAAGCUCAAAUGAGGACUAUAAGCCUCUUGUUUUACCGGACACUAAACCUAAAAUUAAGGAUAAUGGAGAUCUGAUCUUAUCAAGCCCCACCAGUGUGCCAGUGCCGCAAGUGAAAACAGAAAAAGAAGAUUUUAUUGAACUCUGCACCCCUGGGGUAAUUAAGCAGGAGAAACUGGGCCCAGUUUACUGUCAGGCAAGCUUUUCUGGGGCAAAUAUAAUUGGUAAUAAAAUGUCUGCCAUUUCUGUUCAUGGUGUGAGUACCUCUGGGGGACAGAUGUACCACUAUGACAUGAAUACAGCAUCCCUUUCUCAACAGCAGGAUCAGAAACCUAUUUUUAAUGUCAUUCCACCAAUUCCUGUUGGUUCAGAAAAUUGGAAUAGAUGCCAAGGAUCUGGAGAUGAUAACUUGACUUCCUUGGGGACUUUGAACUUCCCAGGUCGAUCGGUUUUUUCUAAUGGCUACUCAAGCCCUGGAAUGAGACCAGACGUCAACUCUCCUCCAUCCAGCUCUUCAGCGGCCACGGGACCACCUCCCAAACUCUGCCUGGUGUGCUCGGAUGAAGCUUCGGGAUGUCAUUAUGGGGUUCUGACUUGUGGAAGCUGUAAAGUAUUCUUCAAAAGAGCAGUGGAAGGUAGACAGCACAAUUACCUUUGUGCUGGAAGAAAUGAUUGUAUCAUCGAUAAAAUUCGAAGGAAAAACUGCCCCGCCUGCCGCUAUAGAAAAUGUCUUCAAGCUGGAAUGAACCUGGAAGCUCGAAAAACAAAGAAGAAGAUAAAAGGAAUUCAGCAGGCCACUACAGGAGUCUCACCAGACACUUCUGAAAACCCUGCUAACAAAACAAUAGUUCCUACAACAUUACCACAGCUCACGCCUACCCUGGUGUCACUGCUGGAGGUCAUCGAACCCGAGGUGUUAUACGCGGGGUACGACAGUUCUGUUCCGGAUACAACGUGGCGGCUCAUGACCACACUCAACAUGCUAGGGGGCCGGCAGGUGAUUGCGGCAGUCAAGUGGGCAAAGGCCAUACCAGGGUUCAGGAACUUACACCUGGAUGACCAAAUGACCCUACUUCAGUAUUCGUGGAUGUUCCUCAUGGCAUUCGCCCUGGGAUGGAGAUCCUACAGACAGUCGAACGCAAACCUGCUCUGUUUCGCUCCUGAUCUGGUUAUUAAUGAGCAGAGAAUGGCUUUACCCUGCAUGUAUGACCAAUGUAAACAUAUGCUGUAUGUUUCCUCUGAGUUACACAGGCUUCAGGUAUCUUACGAAGAGUACCUCUGUAUGAAAACCUUACUGCUUCUCUCUUCAGGUGGUUGAAAAUCUCCUUAAGUAUUGCUUCCAGACAUUUUUGGAUAAGUCCUUGAGCGUUGAAUUCCCAGAGAUGUUAGCUGAAAUCAUCACCAAUCAGAUACCAAAAUAUUCAAGUGGAAAUAUCAAAAAACUUCUAUUUCAUCAAAAGUGACUGCCUUAAGAAGAAAGGUUUGCCUUAAAGAAAGUUGAAUUCAUAGCUUUCAUUGUACAAACUAUCAAUCUGUCCUGUAGCAGUUUUGUUUAUCAUUUUUCUUUUUGUCCGGUUUGUUGUUGUUUCGUUUUGUUUUUGAAUACGCACUACAUGUGGUUUACAGAGGGCCAAGACUUGGCAACAGAAGCAGUUGAGCCAUCACUUUUCAGUGAUGGGCAAAGUAGAAAGUGAUAGUUGAUGGAUCCCAAAAAAUUAGACACAGUACCACGGGGGUAACCUCCACUGUCAGAGAAGGAUGGCACCUAAACCACCAGUGCCCCAAAUGUGUGUGACGAACUUUCUGCUCAGACUUCUCAGAGUUGGCUGGACAAAAUCUUCUCUAUCUUUUGUUGGCCUAUCUCCCCCUGUAUAGUUAGGGUAGCGUUUUUUGAUUUCUGCAUGGAAACCUGAAAAGUUUACAAGUGUAUUAUCAGAAAAGGGAAGUUGUGCCUUUUAUAGCUAUCACUGUCUGGUUUUAACAAUUUCCUUUCUAUUCAGUGAACUAUGCUUGCUCAUUUUUUCCUACAUAAUUUUUGUAAUCAAGUUAUUGUACAGCUGUUUUAAGAUGGGCAGCUAGUUCAUAGCUUUCCUAAAUAAACUCUAAACAUUAAUCUUCUGUGUGAAAAUGGGUUGGUGCUUCUAACCUGAUGGCACUUAGCUGUCAGAAGACCACAAAAAUUGACUCAAAUCUCCAGUUUUCUUGUCAAAAAGCUCAUAUUUUGUAUAUAUCUGCUUCAGUGGAGAAUUAUAUAGAUUGUGCAAAUUAACCGUCCUAACCAGUGUAGAGCACCUACUCCAGUGACCUGCUGGGUGAACCAUAGGUGAUGGUUUCAAAAAAAAAAAAAAACAACUACCAAGAGGCCCUGUUUGUAUCUAACGCCCUAUCUCUGCAAUGGUUAGAUGGCAAGAAAGUUGGGACGCUGUCUUUCAGGACCUUUCGUUGUAGUUUGUAUAACUUCUUAAAAGUUACGAUUCCAAAUGACCAGCUGAAAACACAGCUGAGAGAUUUUAAUCAGACCAAGUAUUUCCUCCCACUAAACUUUACCCCCAAAAACCAAAUCUCUAAUACAGCAAAAGUGGCUAGACACCCAUUUUCACAUUCCCAUUUGUCACCAAUUGGUCUACCUUUCCUGGGGAUACAGGAAAGCUCAGCGACUGAUUUUUCUGAUUUAGAGCUGUAUGUCAGACUUCCAUGUUCAUAAAACUAUACAUCCAUCACAUCCCUGUGUGUGCCAUAGAGUUUAACAACAGUCAUGUGAAUUUCUCCUCCUCGAUGUUUGAAAUUAUUUUAAACAAGAUAGAAGCUGUAGUAGCCCUUUCUGUGUGCACCUUACCAACUUUCUGUACAUUCAGAAUGUACUUAACUAAGCCACGAGAAAUCUGAUUUCUGUUCUAGGUGGCCAAAUUAUUUGUGUAAUAGAAAGCUGAACAUCUAAUAUUAAAAAUAUGAAACUUCUAAUAUAUUUUUAUAUUUAGUUAUAGUUUCAGAUAUAUAUCAUAUUGGUAUUCACUAAUCUGGGAAGGGAAGGGCUACUGCAGCUUUACAUGCAAUUUAUUAAAAUGAUUGUAAAAUAGCUUGUACAGUGUAACAUAAGAAUGAUUUUUAGAUGAGAUUGUUUUAUCGCGACAUGUUAUAUAUUUUUUGUAGGGGUCAGAGAAAUGUUGAUGGAUAACCUAUACGAUUUAUAGUGUGUGCAAGCAUUCAUACAGGCAGAAACGGUCUCAGAAACCAAAAAGGUUUGCUCUCGAGGAAGAGGGAAACAGAGACUGGCCCCGUGUGCAGUGAAGGUUGCUGAGGUUCCGUCCCAUUCAGAUCACGGAGGAAGUCGUCCUCUGCCUCCCACACUGACCACCCUUCUCAUUCCAGCAGUGAGUCUGUCGGCGCAGGUUUAGUUUACUAAAUCUCCUCUUGGGCUCAAGUGUAUGAACGGGGGACAGAGAAAGGUGGUGCUUACACACUUACAAGCACCAUCACACACAGCCUCUCCAACACUUUAAUAAAACCAGAGGCUUUAGAAGUUCGGCAAUAAUAUGCAUAGAGGUACCAGCAACGUGUAAAUAGUGCAGAAUCUCAUAGGUUGCCGAUAAUACACUAAUUCCUUUCUUUCCUACAAGGGUUCAUUUCCGAAUAACACGAAGACGUGUGUAUCUUUUCUUUUAAUGCUUUUGAAUGUUAUUUGUUAUUUUUCAGUAUUUUGGAGAAAUUAUUUAAUAAAAAUGUGAUCAUUUGGUUUUUCAAUGCUCUCUAAAGGGGGCCGUACCUUUUGUAAUCGUUUAACUUGAUCUCAGAGUAUUUUCAGAUAGUUUGUAACCGAGCUGGAUGUGAAUUUUUCGUGCCUAAGAAAUACUGCUUGAAUAUUAUCAAUGACAGUGUUAAGUUUCAAAAAGAGCUUCUGAAAGAUACAGUUUUAUUCAUUUAUAGAAUAUUCUACGGUUAAAAUCAGAAAGCACAUCACACGUUGAUCUUACUUUUGGUCCCAACAACUUGGCUCCAAGAAAAGAGCUCAGAGAAAAAAAGAUGUGUGCACUUUGUUGUUAAAAGGAAAUGAACUGACAUUCAUAAAACUAUAGGAGGCUGUACAUUAAAUGCAAAUAAAAGCUGUGUCCUUUUAGAUUAUGUGAGAAAGAAAAAAGUUACCUUCAUCACGUUUGGGUAUAAUUGUGGAUUUAAGUGGAAAAAAAGCUAUGGUGCUAUUUGAAAGCAGCUUCAUUUUCUAUGUAUGUGGUAUCUUGCCAGCCCAAACUAUUAUAGAAUUUUCAGUGAGAGGCGGCAUGCCUAGGUGACUUAAAUCCUGAACAUUUUUAAUUACUGGUGGAAAAAAGUGCCCCUCUCAAGUGUUUUUAGGCCUUGCUAUGGGGUACUAUUCAGGUGCUUUGGGGAUAUAUACAUACUCAAUUAUCUGAAACUAUGGCAGGGGAACCAAAAAGAGCACCUACCUUCUCCUAAAAAAAAAAGAAAAAAGAAAACGAAAUUGGCACCCCAGAAGGAAAACUAGCAUGAUUAGUGCCUAGGAAGACCUUGAUAUUUAGCAUAGGAUGAACUCUGGAUGUGCAUAGAAAGGAAAGCCAGCCUCACCUCCGAACUGGGGGAUGGGAGGAUAAGCAACUCCAACUUUACUCAUCCGUCUAUACAUCUUCUUGUCAUUUAGUCUGACCAUUUUAGUUCUCUUAAAUAUCCUAAAACUACAUCACCAUGGAGUGAACAAUAUUAUUACACUCUGAUCUAUCACAGUUCAAGAAUUGUGGCAGCCCUCAAUGAGAUUUCGAUCCUGGUAGGUCACCCAGAAGACCGUAGAUGUAGAUGAAUGUGUUUUUAUGUGCCUGGUUUGAGAGUCGAAAGGGAAAAUAGUGUAAAGAGGACACUUUAACCACUUAGAAUGGAAGUUUCAUCAUUUUCCAGACUAUAACCAGUCAGCCUGGUCCACCAAGGAUUAGUGACCAGGUUUUUUGGGAAAGGAUUAGCUUCUCUAGAAAAUGCCUCAAAGACAGAUUUUAUUUUCUGAUGAUUGAUAGGCUGUAUGAAACUACCCUCCUCAAAUAACUUGCUUACCUACAUAUAGAGUCAAGUGUGUCAAUAUUCUAUUUUGUAUAUUAAACAAAUGCUAUAUAAUGGGGACAAAUCUAUAUUAUACUGUGUAUGGCAUUAUUAAGAAGCUUUUUCAUUAUUUUUUAUCACAGUAAUUUUAAAAUGUGUAAGAAUUAAAACCAGUGACUCCUGUUUAAAAAUAAAAGUUGUAGUUUUUUAUUCAUGCUGAAUAAUCUGCAGUUAAAAAAAAAAGUCUUUUUACCUACGCAGUGAAACGUCAGACUGUAAAUGUAAAAUCUUGUGUGGAAAUGUUUAACUUUUCUUUUUCAUUUAAAUUUGCUGUUCUGGUAUUACUGAACCACACAUUUGUACUGAAUUGGCAGUAAAUGUUAGCUAGCCAUUUACAGCAACGCCAAAUAUGGAGAAACAUCAUAAUAAAAAAAAUCUGCUUUUUCAUUA